UCACAACAACACAGCAUUUGCUAGAAACCUCCUGUACUUUUCUCGCCUCAAAGCCUCUCUCGCAAAAUACCGUACCUCUCAGACAUGCGCCCGAGUAUGCAGUAUAAAUUAAAGAAGAAAUAACGUAAUAAUGCCGGGAAAUGGCCCCAGACAUUAACAUUUCCUCGCCCUCGUUAGCAGAUGCCUUUGGGAGCCAAACUUUCCCUUCGUCAAAAACCGUAUGUUAAGUAAGGCGUUUUAAGACACGCCAAAAUACCCUCGAAGAAAACAAAAAACUAAUACAAAUAACAUAAAGGAAAGAAGAAAAAGAAAAAAGAAUGCAGAUCCAGAGACUAAAGACAAUACAAUAGUCUUAAAAACCCGAUAUAAAAAGAAGAAGAAGAAGAAAAAGCUUGGGCUUAGGAAGACGUCCUUUUUUUCUCUUCGUCGCGAUGAGUUCUGAUACAGAGCCGCUAGAGUUUGAUUCGAUGGAUCUGCUGUCCCUCUACACAGUCAUGGCGGUGAAGAGACUUGUAAUCAGCAAAAAACCAGUCGUGGAGGAGAUCAAGAAAAUCUCAGACGUUGCAGAGCAGAACAUAACUAGGCUGAACAUAAACAGGAAGUGGUUCUUCGAGGUGCUGAGGGACCAUGCAAGGCUCUAUGAAGAAGAAUGGUCGCAUGCGUUGGGGCUCCAAGGCAUGGGGUCCUUUCGCUUCAACACGUAUCUGCUGAUCGUUUCCCUCCGGCUGGGGAUGGAGAAGAUCUGGGACUCGGAGGAAUUCCAUAUCCACGAGGAGGAGGACCUCAAGGACCUCCUGGGGAAGUUGUGCCCCCAGCUGCCCCUCCGAGAGCUCAGUCAGCACUACCCGAUGUUCGAGUACUAUGCCCAGAAGUCUCCCCACUUGGAGGUGGUCCAUUUGCCACGCAGUGAUAAUAAUUCGUUCAGGAGAGUCAUGGCUUUCAGAAAUCUACGUGAGCUAAAUCUUGCCGGAGGGGUAUCGGAUAAGGUCCUCUGCAACUGCUUAUGGGGCAUAGACAAGAGGAGUGAUAAAGCGUUGGAUUUGGUCCUCAAAGGCUCAAAGGGUUACACAGCUGUGCAGCUGUCCCUUCCUCACCUGGAGGUCCUGCGCAACAACAUAAAGAGGAAGAACUCAAAUACCAUGCGAGUCAGCUUAGGGGCAGUGGCACUCGCUCUCCAGCCCAAGCUUGAAGUAGUCGAGACGCUGGAGUACUGGGAUACCUACGAUGCUGUCCUAUAUCUCUUGAUUAUGGAAGACAGGUAUAAGAACACAGCCAGCAGUACCAGGAAAUUGAACGUGAAGUGCCUACAAGUACAGAGUGAAGCAUAUACCAAUUGUACCCUCCAAAAAGUGAUAGAAGCUUGUCCCUCAUUGUCAGAAUUUUCCAUGUUCGGCGAAGGUGGCAUAAACACUGGACUAUUAUGGGCCUUUCCCGCCAAUCAGAUGAAAAAGAUAACUCUGGACAGGCACUGUUAUCUCGGCAUUUUCCUCAGUGCUCUUCUGCACACCUUCAUUUACCUGGAGACUUUAGAGAUAGAGGUUGAAGUGGUAGACUUGAUGAGCAGACAACAUGAUGUUAAAGGACCCUUCCCAUCUGUCAAGUCUAUAAUUGUGAAUUUUGCAUACAGCGAUUUUCACUACUGCGGGGCCAGCGUGGAGGAGCCUUUUUAUAUAUUCAGAUCCUUCCCUGAGUUGGAGGAACUGCACUUCCACAACACGAAUAAUGCAGGGACCCAGGCUGUGUUGCUCGGGUGCCUCUCCCACCACUUGACGCGCCUGACCAAACUCCGCCACGUGUCACUGAUUUCCCAGCUACCCGGGACUUUCAGCCCACCUCUCCAUUUCUCUCUGGACUUAACUGAGAAGCUUUUCGAGAUGCAGGACACCGAGGAAUUCAAGCGGCUGCAGCAGUUGGAAACACUGAAGGUGGACCAGCUCCUCCUUGACAGGUUCCUUGACAUGACAAUACAGAUGCUGCGUAUGUCCGGUGUCCACGUGUCGGUCGUCUACCAAAAGGGAAUCGAGAAAGGCGAUGAGUCGCAUGAACAGGGGCCCUUCCCUCUAAAAGAGGCGUUCGAUGAAGAAAAUGCCUGGUUACACGAAUUUUCCACCAAAAUCUUUCAGAAAGUUAACUAGUGAAAUGCUAUAUUAAGGAAUAGAUCAGUGGCAGCAGAAGGAAAGUUAAUGGUUCCAGAAAAGAAAAAAAUAUAUUCUUUUAAGAAUAAAGGUUUUAUAAGAAAGUGAGGAUGAUUCGUUUCUGAAAAAAAAUUCCCAAACC